AAUUGUAAUUUUUAUACAAAAUACAGAAAAUAUUUAAAUAAAUUGUAAAAAUUUAUAAAGUUUAUUUAACAUAUUAUAAAGUAAACAAGAAAUUCUAUGAAAUUUCUAAAAAAUUAAAGCAAAAAAUCGUAUAUAAAUUUAGUGCAAAAAAGCUUCCGCCCUUGUAGAAAGGAACGAGAAAAGAACAUCGUGAAAAAAUUUUGCACUGACUGAUAUAAUAGAUACGCGUGGUAUUAAAGUUGUGCAUAUUAAAAAUAAUUAUUAAUUAAUAAAAAGUAUGGGUGAUUUUGGUGGUUCUACAGCAGCACAAAGUAAUAUAAAUCAAUCGCAAGCAUUUGCAGCGGCUUUACAACGAGCUAAACAGAUUGCUGCUAAAAUCCAACCAAAUCCACAGCAAGGUGGUAACAAUAGUGGUGGUGGUGGUGGCGGCGGCGGUGGCGCUGGCUUUAAACGUUCCCUAGACGAUUCUGAUUCAGGACCAGAAAAUAAACGUUUCACUAGUCCGGAUGCUAAUGACUACGGUCAUAAUAGCAAUUCUAAUAUGAGUGGUGGUGGUGGUUCAUCUUCUGGCGGUGGUGGUCCAGCUAAUAUGACUCAGGCUAUUGCCCAAGCAGCAGCUGUUGCAGCUCGUUUAGCUGCUACUGCUGGCAAUACCUGUGAAGAACAAGUACGCAUUCCCGAUUGUCUUAUGAGCGCCUUUUAUGGUCGCGGCAACAAUGAAACUAUUUCUCACAUACAAGGAGAUUCUGGCUGUAAGGUUCAAAUGAGCCAAACCGAAGGUGAACGUAUUCUUACCUUAAGAGGUUCACGCGAAUCGGUGACUAAAGGUCGUGAAGUUAUGCAGCAGCUGGCAAAUCGUAAUGGUGGUGGUAAUGUUGAAGUAGUUUUAACAAUAAAUAUGCCACCUCCAGGACCCACAGGUUAUCCUCCUUAUCAAGAAAUCAUGAUUCCCGGCACCAAAGUUGGUUUAGUCAUAGGCAAAGGAGGUGAUACAAUUAAACAAUUACAGGAAAAGACCGGAGCCAAAAUGGUCAUCAUACAAGAUGGUCCCAAUCAAGAAGUCAUUAAACCUCUGCGCAUUUCGGGCGAUCCUCAUAAAAUUGAGAAUGCCAAACAAUUGGUCUUGGAAUUAAUAGCACAAAAAGAUGCUCAACAGCAACAACAACAGCAGCAACAAAAUAAUCGUCCCAAUAUGGGCGGUAAUGGUGGCGGUAUGGGUUCCAAUAAUGGCCCUAACAAUGGCGGGGGAAAUUAUAAUAAUUUCGGAGGCGGUAACAAUGGAGGCGAACAAUGUGAAGUAUUUGUACCCAAACUGGCUGUUGGUGUAGUAAUUGGUAAAGGUGGCGAUAUGAUACGUAAAAUCCAACAGGAAUGUGGUUGUAAACUACAAUUUAUACAGGGCAAAAAUGAUGAGCCCGGUGAUCGUAGAUGUCUAAUACAAGGAUCUCGGCAACAAGUGGAUGAUGCCAAACGUAUGAUUGAUGGUUUAAUUGACAAUGUUAUGCAAAGAAAUCGUAAUGGUAAUGGCGGAGGCGGCGGUAAUGGUGGUGAUAAUGGCAAUUCCAAUUAUGGUUAUGGCUAUGGUGUUAAUCAUGCCCAACAACCCGCACGUGAAGAAAUAACCUUUAUGGUACCCGCUUCAAAAUGUGGUAUUGUUAUUGGUCGUGGUGGUGAAACUAUUAAAUUAAUUAAUCAACAAUCUGGUGCCUACUGUGAAAUGGAUCGUAAUGCUGUCAAUCCACCAUCAGAAAAACUCUUCAAAUGUAAAGGCACCUCCGAACAAGUAGAAGCUGCCCGUCAAAUGAUUGCUGAAAAAAUAAAUAUGGAACUGCCGAUUAUAAAUCGUAAAUCCAUUAAUGGUGGUCCACCAAAUCAACAAGGUGGAGGUGGUGGUGCUGGCGGUUACAAUCCCAAUGAUCCAAAUGCUGCCGCAGCCGCUUACCAACAGCAAUGGGCUGCUGGUUAUGGUCAGGCCGGUGGUUGGGGUGAUCAAGCUCAGCAACAACAAGCUGCUGGUAUGGGUCAGGCAGCUCAAGCAGCGGCAAGUCAAUCAGCAGAUUAUUCCACGCAAUGGAUUGAGUAUUACAAAUCAAUGGGUAUGCAUCGAGAAGCUGAAAUGAUUGAACAACAAUUAAAGGCUAAACAAGCAAGUGCUGCUCCCCAACCUCAGACACAAGCUCAACCCGCUGCACAACAAGCUCAAUCUGCCGGUCAACAAUCGCAAGACUAUAGUGCCCAAUGGGCAGAGUAUUAUCGUAGUAUAGGAAAAAUUGAAGAAGCUGAAGCUAUUGAAAAACAAAUGAAGGCUUCACAAUCAUCGGCCUCAACAGCAGCAUCGUCAUCAUCAUCAUCUGCCUCUGCUGCUGGUGCUUCUGCUGGUGGUGGCGGUGGUUGUAGUGCUGGUACAUAUACACCAUCUGGUGGUAUUAGUAGUGGUGGUAUUUCGUCGUCUGUUGCUGUUGCUGGUCAACAAACUAAUGACUAUAGUGCUCAAUGGGCUGAAUAUUAUCGUAGUAUAGGUAAAAUUGAAGAAGCUGAAGCUCUUGAAAAACAAUUGAAGGGAGGACAAAAUAGCUCUGGUAAUGCUGGUGCAGCUGGCAGUAGUGGUCCUGGAGGUGCACCUGGAGCCCCUGGCGCUAAUGCUGGCGGACCAGCCGCCCCUGGAGGUGGUUAUCCACAAGGUAUGACCCCUAGCCAAUAUGCUCAAUAUUCACAAUAUUAUGCCGCAGCUGCUGCCCAAGCGGGAGGAUAUCCUCAACCUGGUGGUUAUGGUGGUCCUGGAUCAGCUGGUGGCUAUGGAGCUCCUGGAGGUUAUCCUGGAGCUCCACAACCACCAGGCAGUGGUCCCAGUCAAGGUGGUGGUGGUGGUGGUGCCAACAGUCAGAAGAAAGGAGACAAACAUUAAAGUUUCGCAUACACACACACACAUAUAUAUACACACCAUCAGCAUACAACUCUUUUUAAUAAUAGACUAGAAGGAAAAUGGACACAGAUUAGAAAGUUGUUGUUGGGGGAGUUUAAAAAAGGAUUUGGGCUUUCAGUUUUCAUAUAACAAAAAACAUAAUGACCUUCUAUACAAAAUAAAAAUACCAAGUCUCUCUCUUAUAAAAUAAAUUUAUAAAUUAAAAAAAAAACAAAACUAAUUAUAAAAUUUGAAAUUUUGUAAAACUGCGUAAGAGUGUUGCGAGUGUGUGGACAAGUGUUUGGUUUGAUGUAAUUUAAACAACAAAAUACUUAUUUGCAUUAUAUCAAUUUACUUUGAUUUUCAUUUAUUAGUUAAUAAGUGUAAUUUUUUUUUCUCUCUUUAAUAUAAUUUAUAUAUUAUUAAUAAUUAAUAAUAAUGAUAGUAAUACACAUUUAAAACAACAAAACAAAAAAAAAAAAGAGUUUUUAAAUCACAUAAGUAAAAAUUAAAUCCCUAACUAAAUAUAUUAAUUAAAAAACUUAAUUAUUACUAUAUAUAACUAUAACUUCGUAUCAGGAAUGUUAAUUCAAAAAAACAAACCCCAAAACAAAAUAAAAUUUAUCUAAAAACGGCCGUUUUUAAGUUAGGUUUAUAUAUAUAUUAAUACAACAACACUCUUUAGCUACUCUAGUUAAUAGUUAAUUAUGAUGUUUAUAAUAAUAAUAAUAAUGAUGAUGAUUUCUUUUAUUAUUGCAAAGAAGUCUUUUUUAAAUAUCAAAAAAACAAAAGCUUCCUUCUUUUUUUUU